AUGUCGACCGCCGUUUGGGAUCCCGAUACUAUUCUCCAACUCACCGACGUCUCAGGCCGAGGCAUGUUAUGCGUCGGUCUGGCGCGCCCCCACUCUACCAGUGGAUGUCGCGGUCGAUGUCGGUGGGAUGUCCCGCCAGCUAGGUAUAGGGCCAUUCUCUCCAUCUUAGAUACUAUGGCCAGGACACCGCCGCAUUAUGUGACCAACAGCGAACUUCGGUCCAUUGCUCGAUUGGCAUUGUGCAUGUAUCAUAAUGACCAGGUGGAUGAGGUCGUGGCUAACUGGGAGGAUAUCCUUGGAUGUGUCGAGGGUAUCAGCGGGAUGUACGAAGAGCAACGGGAAGAGAUCAUUCAAGCCGUGAAGGAACUGCAGAAAGAGAUCAAUGAGUGUAGAUGUUUGCUUUUAGUCAAGGAGGAUUGUGAGGAUGCUCUUUCUGUGGUGCUUCGUCGGCAUCUCAACUGGAAUGCACGAUUGAAGAAGGAAUUAGUGGAGAGUCAAGCGACUUGUGCUCGGCUGCAAAAAGAUUUCGCGAGGUUCAAGGACAAGAAAGAGGAAAACUCUCCACUCUCUGUCGAGAACUCUCGCCUAUCAACUUUACUCAAGAGAGCCGAGGAAGAACAAGAACGCUACAAGAACCAGGAAACCGACCUAACUGCGGAAUGCGAGAAACUGCACAAGCAGAAUGCAGCAUUGCAAGCAGAUAUCAACGCCGGGAAGGACAAGCAUAAAGAUCUGCAAGAUCGGGAACAGUCAGCAACUAUGGAGCUGAUGGCAACGACUGCUCAACUGCAUGAAGCUCAGUCUCUCAACCUGGGCUUGGAAAACUAUAAGAAGACCUUGCAGUCAGAGAUUGACAUCCUAAAACAGGAGGUGGAGUCAUUGAAUGAUAAGAAUACCUCCAUCUCCUCCCAGCUUGCAAGUACUGCAGCUUCUCUAGAGACAGUGACAGAGGAGCUGUGUGCUGCUCAUAAAGAGAACAUGGGCUUUCAUGAUGAGCUCAUAACUACAAGUAGAGAGAUCAUGGAGCUGCACAGUAAGAUCAGCCAGCUAUCGACUCCAAUCUGGUACAGAGUAAUACAAUGGAUUAACCAAAAGCUAUCGGGUCUCGGGCAUUUGCGGAACCCUGGCAAGGAAGUGUCAGAUGCAGAGGAGGGAGUGGCGCUGGCCCCAACGGUCUCAGGCAGGGACACAGGAGUGACUUGA